CUUUUUUCCUCCCGCUGUGCUCCAGAGCGCAUCAUCUGUCACUCUAAUAUUCCCACUGACAUUCCCGCUCCUCACCAGAGUAGUUUCAUGCAGGAGGAAGGAUGCGCUGUCAGAUCUCUUAAAACUGCACAAUUACCAUCAGUCCUCCGCGCACGUCGACGGGAUUCCCAUCCAGCCAAAGGGGAGCAGCUGGACGAGUCAAUGAAGGUGCGUCGGUGAAGUGACGCCUCCGACAGCGGCGCUUCACCACGUCUUCCUCCUCCUCCUCCUCCCCCAAUCCGGAACAAGCGCAGCGGCGAAGACAGUUCAAGUCCAAUCCCGGACACAGUGAUCGGGCUUCGGCCUCAGGUGUAUCUCUGAGGCGGGGCGACGAAGAUCGAGGUGUUGUGGCGGCAUGGACUGCAACUGCGUCAGUGAUCUGCUGCUCCCCCCUGUGCCCGCCCUCUGGACACCAGGGUUCGCCUUCCCGGACUGGGCCUACAAGCCCGAGUCGAGCCCGGGCUCCCGGCAGAUCCAGCUGUGGCACUUCAUCCUGGAGCUGCUGCAGAAGGAGGAGUAUCAGGGCGUGAUCGCCUGGCAGGGGGAUUACGGGGAGUUCGUCAUCAAGGAUCCAGACGAGGUGGCCCGGCUGUGGGGGAUAAGGAAGUGCAAACCUCACAUGAACUACGACAAGCUGAGCCGGGCUCUGAGGUAUUACUACAACAAGCGGAUUUUGCACAAAACCAAAGGGAAACGUUUCACCUACAAGUUUAACUUCAGUAAGGUGGUGCUGGUGAACUACCCCAUCCUGGACAUGGCCAACUCUCCCUUCUUCCUGGCCCAGAACCACUUCAACGGGGGCUCCGCCGCGCCGGACUGCAGCCCAGAGGUACGAACGGCCAUACAGUCCCUGUUUCCUCGUUUGCCAGACGCCGGCAGAGCAGCGUCCCUGUUCGAUCGGGGCUCUGCGGCACCAGGACCCGAUGGAGACAAACUGAGACUGGACGCGUUCCCCUUCCUCAGUUCAGGCGCACCGUGCUACUCCAAGCCCCCGUCCCUGCUGGGCCCGUACCCUCGUAACCCACCCUUUGACUACCCCUGGGGCUUCAAUCCCUACCUCCCAGGGGCCUUCUCUCUUAAUAACUGCCCCAAACUGCCCCCUGGCUCACUCUAUCCCUCCCAGUUUUACCCCAACCCCUUGCAGAGCAGUCUAUCCCAGCUGCCUAACCCCUUCUCCUCACUGCUCCCCCCUGGAGAGGCUGGUGGAGGUGAGAGGGGAGCGCCAGGGCAGACUGGUGGGAUGAACGGCACGGCGGGUGGUCAGCCCGCCCGGCUCUGCCUCCCCCCCUACCCAGGCAGUCUGAUGAUGGGGCGGACAGACAUUGGAAAUGGCGCCACACUGGGGGAGAGGGUUGAGGCCAAUGCGCCCAGCACGGGGCUGAGCCUGGGGCUGGGAGCGGUCAGCUUAGGAGCCGGGACUGGGACAGGCCAGCAGAGCCCCUUAGAGAGGAGAGGGGGGGUGAAGCAGGACCCGGAGUCGGACUCGGACCUGGAGAUAACAGAUCUGAGCGACUGCAGCUCGGACAACGAGAACGAGCACGAGUUCAGCAUCGGGAAGUCCGCCCUGGUGAGCCGACCGCAGGUCGUGUUGGAUGGAAAGAAAGGGAGCAUGAUGCCUCCCAUCACCUCGCUGCCCCCGCCUGUAUCCCCUCAUCCCCUGAAGGCCAUGAUGCCUAUCAGCCCUCCGCCCCCGUCCCUGCCUCCAUCACUCUCCCCCUCCGUGGCUCUGCGCGAGAGGCACAGGGAAGCAGAGACUCUGAAAAUGAUCCACAGCUAAGACGUUUUGUGACGUCUCUGCUCUGAUGACUCUCCUCUCCUCUCUGGACGUUUCUGGUUCACCGUUUUCUGCUCAGAGUGAUCAAACCUUCAGUCGCUCUUGACGAACAGUUUUCCAAGAAAAACACUUCAGUUCUCUACUUCUGAAACUCCUGUUUCCCUGUUUGCUGUGUAAGAUUUCAUCUCGCCAACAUUUGAUUCCACAAUCAAUAUUUGUUUUAUUGUCCGUGUCACCAUCUUGUGAGUUCCUUACACCAAAUCUUUGCCCUCGACGACGAGCAGAACUCUUCAGCUGGAGAUUUGACAGAAGUCAACGAGGUGAUAAAUUGCAAAUAUUAAGAAUCCAAAUCCUUGCUAACAGAACAGAAAAAUACACGUUACUUGGAUUGACGAACUUUUAUAGGUAUUUCAUGAGUUGGGUUCAAAAAAAUAUAAAAACAUCCUAAGAAAAAGUCAAAUACUGCCACCUAGUGGUGUUUUUUUACACAUUUCUUCUUUAUCUUAAUCCAUGUUUUUUUUAAGUAAUCAUAUUUUUUUAUAUUUGAUCAUUUAAAUGUUUAAAAUCUAUAAUUUUAUCAGUGAUUGUCUCACUUUGUGAGAAUUUACCUUUUUUCUGGUGAGAUUUUCUGACAGGGUAGAAACAGAGCAAUGGGAGCUGGACCAGUUCAACAUUUGUAUUAAUAUUUCUGUGUAUAUAUUUUAAUAUGGUGUACAUGACCUUUAAUUCAUAUUCGCUAUGAUAAGAUGAAGCUGUAUUGUUGUGAUUCAAUUGAGUAUUUAAACAUGUUGGAUAAUUAUAAGCUUAGGUGUAUCAAAGUUUAAAUUAUUAAUGGGAGAAGAUCUGCACUCUGAAGGUUUUUGUUUUAUUUUUUAAUGAUGAGGACGAGUUCACUCUGAGAUUUAUCUCUGAUUAAAUCAAUCCUGUUAAA